AUGGCAGAAGCAGCAGGGGUCUUAUAUGCAGUCGAGCACAUGAUCGAAGGUGGCCUUGCACUGGCUAAAGGCAUUUACGACCCAACUCUGCCACUCAAGGCAACGAUCAAACCCAUCACCGAUGUAAACCUACCGCGAGUACACCACAGCGUCUCCGAGGUGAAGGGUAGAGCAUACAUCUUCGGCGGAAAGAUGGAUAAUGGUCAGUUAGCCGAUAAUGCCAUGCACAUGAUCAUCCUCCCUUCCUCAGGUAUCGAGAGCACAGAUUACCAACGUCUUGAACCGACAUCUGCGUCUCCACCUGCGAGAUAUGGUCACAGUACAGCAGUCAUCGACGACCAAAUCUACGUCUUUGGCGGCUCGGACGCGAACGGACUCCUCAAUGAGAAAGGCAAAGUGUGGGUCUUUGACACAGAUACGAAUUCAUGGUCGAGUCUUGAUGCUGCUGUGGGAGAUGUUCCAAAGCCGAGGAAGUGGGCAGCUGCUACUGCAAGUGUACAACCUCAACCUGAGCAUCAGAGGACAGACGAAAAUGUGGCUCCCCAGUUGCCUCCAGACCCGGCAAAGAUGCUGCCUGAACCUCUGAGCCCUGUUACAUAUGGAACAUUCAUUUUGUUUGGAGGGUGUUGUGAGGAUGAAGAAAGAGCAACCUCGGAACUCUGGACCUUCGACAUAGCAUCAAGAACCUGGUCUCAGCUACCCUCACCGCCUGCAACACAUACCUCAGACACAAGCCCCAGCAUAGCCUUCCACAACAACCGUCUCUACUUGGUCUCAAGAAACUCAGCCCACCACCUCGAUCUCUCCUUCUCCAGCCCCUCCUACACCUCCUCUCAAACCACAGGCCCCAGCCCCCAAAGCCCUUGGUGCCACCUCCCCUCAACCGAAAAACCCCUACCAUCCCACCCCGAGGGCUCAGCAGCACUAUGCCCAAUAACCACAGGUCAAGGCCGCAAUUAUCUACUCCACAUCACACCCAACAAUCUUUCAACACUGCAGCUACCCUCUUCGUCCACCACAGCAGCAAGCCUCAAAGACAGGGCUCGCGAUGCAAUCAACAAGAAGAACGCAACCAACGAAUAUGCAGAAGUGCGUUACUUCAAUGCCGAAGGCGUCAUGAUACAAGAAGGACAAAAAGACAGAGCACUCGGUGGCAGAACGGGCUUUGCGGCUGCAAAAGCAGAGGAAAUCGAUGGUGGAUGCGUACUUGUGUGGGGAGGUGUCUUGGAUGGCAAGGUCAGAGGUGAUGGACUAAUGAUUGAGGUAGAGAAGUGA